AUGGCCGCCAAACCCCCUCCCCUCGACGUUUCGUUCACCCACAUCGUUGCAACGCUCUUCUACCAAGCCGAUACGCCAGUUUCCUCCGCAUCGCUCGAACGACUGAAGCUUGACCAUGUGCCCACCGAGAGCCUCGAAGACUCCCCACUCGAACCCUCCACGCCGGGCCCCAAUGCUCUCGAUAACCUCUCCUGUCGCUACUUUAGCCAGGCCUGUCUCACAGACUUCUUCGUCGCUCUCACAAACAUAAUAGCUGGUCUCCAGCAAAGCACAAUAACGGGCAAGCGACUGGAGUCAAGCGAGCUCUGCAGGGUAGUCGAGGUUACCUUCCCCCUGCCGAGCCCGUCGUCCAUUUCGCCGGAGACAUUACGGAGACAUGAGGCUGUGUCACAAUUCGAGCGAAAGUGGAACUUGGAAUGCGUGUUUCAAGCGGAUACCAUAUAUCGGCGUUACAAGAGGCUUGCUGUCUUCGACAUGGACAGCACCCUGAUACAGCAGGAGGUCAUUGACGAAAUCGCGUCGCACAUUGGCGCAGAGAAGGAGGUAUCGGCCAUUACAGCUAAAGCGAUGAAUGGCGAGCUAGACUUUGAAGAGAGUCUUCGCGCGCGAUGUAAGCUGUUAAAGGGCGUAUCGAGCAACGUCUUUGAUGAGCUGAAGUCGAGAAUCACGCUGAACGAGGGCGUCAAAGAGCUCAUCACCGCGCUGAAGAGACUGGGUUUCAAGACGGCGGUUCUCAGUGGCGGCUUCACGCCUGUGACGGGCUGGAUGGGACAACGGCUCGGCCUCGACUACGCCUUUGCGAACCAUCUCGUUGUCUCCCAGGACGGCAUUACGCUCACCGGCGAACUGACGGGUGAAAUCGUUCACGGGGAAAAGAAACGCCAACACGUCCGAGAGAUUGCAGAAAAGGAAAACAUCCUCCUCGAGCAAGUCGUUUGCAUUGGCGAUGGCGCAAACGAUCUCCCCAUGAUGGGCGUGGCCGGUCUUGGUGUCGCGUUCCAUGCAAAGACAAAAGUGCAGAUGCAGGCUCCUGCUCGUCUGAACUCGAAGAGUAUGCUGGACGUACUUUACUUGUUUGGUAUAUCCAGGGAAGAGCAGGAGGAGUUAUUGCGAUCGUAGUGCUGAGCUGAAGGAGCUGUCUGGAGCAUACAGUGAGCUCCAGACACUGGUAUAUCAAGUGUUACAUGUCACGCGGGGUGAUGAGGUGUAAUAACCCAGAUGCGAUGAACAUGUUUAUUUUGAGUCACACUAAUCGUGUUUCAUUCAAUCAAAAUUUGUUUGGGACCUGC